AUGGCCGACAUCCUAACCCAACUCCAAACCUGCCUCGACCAACUAGCAACCCAAUUCUACGCAACCCUAGGCUACCUAACAACCUACCACGAUAACAGCCCCGCCACCGUGCCCCCACCAACCCAAGCCCAAACCGCGCCCGCCGCGCCCGCGCUCGCCAAAAUCCCCAAGAACUCCUCCGCGCCCCCGGUCCCCGCCAGCGCGCCCCUCGCCGCCCAGCAGCAGAGCAACCAAACCCAACAACAAACACCCGCCGAGAUUCCACAACCAGCACAACCAGGCGCGGCCGGCGCGGAAGACACAACAACAGGCACAGCCCAAGACCCCGCCCUCCCGCCGGCGCCCGACUCGCCCCGGACGUUCGCGGCGCGGCAGCGCGAGCUGGCCCGGGAUCUGGUGCUCAAGGAGCAGCAGAUCGAGUAUUUGAUUAGUGUGCUGCCGGGGAUUGGGUCGAGUGAGGCGGAGCAGGAGCACCGCAUCCGGGAGCUGGAGGGGGAGUUGAGGCGGUGGGAGGGGGUGAGGGGGGAGAGGAUGCUGCAGCUCAAGGCGUUGAGGGGGCGGUUGGAGGGGGUGUUGGGGGCGAUGGAGGUGGGGAUAUAUGGGGAGCGGGAGGUUUAA